AUGGGGAAACGAUCAAAGAAGCUGAAAGCAUCCUCGGACGACGGCACGCGUCGAAUAGGAGACAUAUUCCUGGCGAGGCCUAAAACCAAAAUGGCGGCAGCGCCAGACUCCCCACGCCUAUCCUCGGACGAAGACCCACUGGACUCCCCAGAUGCCAUACCUGAGGCAGAUGACCCUUUCUCCGCCGUGCAAUUAGGGGACCUGGGGGCUCCCGCAACGAAGGGAGACAUCCUGGGCCUCCUGAAACACCUGCGCACAUGGUUCCGUACGGAUAUGGCGCUGCUCCGUGAGGAGGUAACAGCCGUGACGGACAGGGUGAAGGCCACAGAGGAGGAUAUCACCUCCAUGGCACAAUGCCAGACAGACGCAACAGAACGACUACAACAACUCCAAGGCUCACACCAGGCCCUGCAGGCCAGA